AUGAUGCGCUUGCUUUUGAAUAUUUCCCUUGCUCUUCUUAUUCUCAUCGCGACAGUGGCCGCAUAUGAAGACCCGCUAAUACACUUGGAAUAUGGAUCGUUCCAAGGGAAAUACGACACCACCUAUAACCUCUCGUACUUUCGCAAAAUACCUUUCGCUGCACCACCCACAGGAGAGAACCGCUUUCGUGCCCCCCAGCCGCCCUUGAAGAUCACAAAUGGAACCUAUGACACAGACCAAACCUUUGACAUGUGUGCCCAGCGUACGGUCAACGGCUCCGAGGACUGCCUAUAUUUGGGCCUGUUUUCGCGGCCAUGGGAUACAUCCAAGGAUGUACACAGGCCUGUGCUAGUCGUGUUCUAUGGUGGUGCCUUCAUACAAGGCGAUGCUGCAUUCACCAUGCCCCCAGCUUCCUUCCCGAUUCUCAACGUGAGCAACCUGAACGACUAUGUGGUCAUCUAUCCAAAUUACCGUUUGAAUGCGUUUGGAUUCUUGCCUGGAAAAGCUAUCAAGGAAUCCUCAACAUCGGAUCUCAAUCCUGGCUUACUUGAUCAACAGUAUGUUCUGAAAUGGGUGCAAAGCUACAUACAUCACUUUGGAGGCAAUUCGCAGAAUGUAACUAUUUGGGGACAAUCUGCCGGUGCAGGGUCUGUAGUUGCCCAAGUCCUGGCAAAUGGCCGGAAUGGACAGCCAAAAUUAUUUUCCAAGGCUCUUGCCAGUUCACCGUUUUGGCCGAAGACCUACUCCUACGAUGCGCCGGAAGCCGAAGCUAUCUAUAACCAGCUUGCCAACCUGACCGGUUGUGCUGGUUAUGUUCAUGACCACGAGACGCUGGCAUGUUUGAAGUCCGUCGAUGUACAGAGCAUCCGCGAUGCAAGUCUCAUAAUUGACGCUGAUAAUACAUGGACGACAAGCUCCUACACGUGGGCCCCUGUCAUCGAUGGUGGGUUCCUCGCGGACACUCUGACACAAGCGGUCGAAAGUGGGAGCCUGAAUACAGAAUAUGUCUGGGGAAUGUAUAAUAGCCACGAAGGGCAGAACUUUGUCCCAUCAGGUCUUGAAGGGUCAACUUCCACAAAUGGGUAUAAUUCGUCGACAGCAAGUUUCGACCAGUGGCUUGCGGGGUUCUUGCCGGGCCUAUCGACAAAGCAGAUUGAGGCUGUGAAAAAUUACUACCCAGCAGAUGGAAGUACAGAGACAAUUGAUGAAUAUAACACGACAUAUGUCCAGGCUGGUCUGAUAUACCGCGAUGUGGUUCUCGCCUGUCCAGCCUACUGGAUUGCAUCCGAUGCACAGAGGAGAGGAUAUAUUGGUGAAUAUACGAUCUCUCCCGCUACUCAUGGAAGCGACACUAUUUAUAAGUGGAAUCGUGUCAACGCGGUCCAAACAACGAACCCUGUUGUUUACGAUGGCUAUGCUGGCGCUUUCGCGAGCUUUUUCCAAACUGGAGACCCCAACGCACACAAGCUGACGAAUUCCUCAGAACCGGGUGUUCCCGAAUUAAAAAGUACGGGAGACGAAUUUGUGAUUAUAGACGAUGGAUUUGAGAAUGUGCAUCUGACACAGCUCAAGAAAAGAUGCACAUUUUGGAAGACACUUGGGAAGCAAAUCCCGGUCUAA